CCUUAAAAGGAGUAUACACUAUUGUUCUAGUUUGCCUUUUGUACAGAGGAAACCAUAUCAAACUUUGAUCGAGAAAACUAGUUCUUUCGCAGAGAUUGAGUUCGGAGAUCAGGGAGAUGGGAAGUGCUCUCAAAGGCGGAUCUCUCAUUUCAGAGUUGGCAAAAGUCCUUAGGAAAAGUGGAACAACAUGGAAUCCAGCAAAAAGAGCUUUCUCGACAACUUGUUUAUGUGGAAAACCCUCAACAGAUAAUGUUCCCGGGCAAACUAGAGAAGGACCUGAAAAGAUUCAGAAUCAGCAGAAACGAAACGAAGAAGCUGGCAGCUACACAGAAUUGGUCAGAGACUUCUUAGAUCCAAAGGAAUUUUUUGGAGCUGUUCGAAAGCAUGGAAUUGAUUACUUUUGUGGUGUACCUGAUUCAUUGUUAAAAGACUUUUGUGCAUAUGUCAGUAUGAAUGUUCCAGAUGAGAAUCACAUUAUUACAGCAAAUGAGGGUACUGCCAUUGCUGUUGCCUCUGGAUAUCAUCUAGCCAGUGGAAAAACUGCAAUGGUAUAUUUGCAGAACUCUGGCCUGGGCAAUAUUGUCAAUCCACUCAUGUCUUUAGCCGUUCCAAGUGUCUACAGCAUUCCAAUGCUGCUUUUUGUUGGGUGGAGAGGUGAGCCUGGAAAAAGAGAUGAACCACAGCAUGUUGUUCAAGGGAAGGCAACUCCUGGUUUAUUAGCUGCUUGUGGCAUUCCUUUUCAAGUGUUACCAGAUUAUCUUGAAGGUGCUGAACAGGCAUUGUACACUGCAAGGAAACAUAUGGAAGUAUCAAAAGGCCCAUACUGCCUACUGGUGAGAAGACAAACGUUUUUACCCUACAAAUUGGCCAAGGAUGAGCCAAAAUUUCCCUUAAACCGUGAAGAAGCAAUUAAGAACAUAGUUGACUGCCUAAAAGACCGCGAUGUGGUCGUGGGAACAACAGGAAUGCUUUCAAGAGAGCUGUUUGAAUAUCGUGAAGCAAAAGGCCAAGGUCACGAGAAAGACUUCUUAUGCGUAGGCAGUAUGGGACAUGCAUCCGCCAUUGCACUCGGUAUUGCAACGCAGAGACCAAGAAGACAGGUUUUCUGCCUUGAUGGUGAUGGAGCUGCCAUUAUGCAUUUGGGUAACCUAGCAACAAUCGGCAACCACUCUCCACCAAAUCUAAAACACAUUGUUAUCAAUAACGGGGCACAUGAUUCAGUCGGUGGACAGCCCACCGAUGCAGCAAGAAUGGAAGACUUCAGGAUCACUCAAAUUGCCCUUGGAGUUGGAUACAAGCAGGCUUUUACUGCAGUCACACCUGAAGAAAUCUUGGACAGUGUGGCAGCAAUGCGAGAGAUGGAGGGCCCUGUUCUGCUAGAGAUAAAAGUAAACAAAGGCAAUAGAAAGAACCUCGGAAGGCCUACUCGUACUCCAAUUCAAAACAAAGCAGACUUCAUGCAUUUUCUUGCAAUCGAUUAGUUGGAGCGAAUGUAAGAAUGAGCCUAUCAAGAUUCAAGUCGCAUAUGGCUGCUCCGAAGAUAAUGGACUCUAUAAAUUUCCCAUAUUACCCCGCCCAUUUUUUCUUGUAAAAUGCCUAUACACGACCCAUACCUAUUGCUUGUGAAAUAACAUACUGUCAGAUUAAAUAUAUCAAACUUUGUUCAGAAUAGUACAACCAAACUGCAUAUUGAAUUAGUACCUCAAGUUUAUCGUAAAAAAGUAGUUAUAUUGAAUUAUUGCCUCAAA